AUCCUCUUGAAAGGGAGGGGUGCCUUCGAGAACGCGGACACAUGUGGUACAUGGAUGUCGUCAGCUCGUGCCGUAAGACUGCCGGUGAUAAGCCGGAUGAAGGUAAGGAUGACGUCAAGUCAUCAUGCCCCUUAUGCCCUGGGCGACACACGUGCUACAAUGGCCGGGACAAAGGGCCGCGAUCCCGCGAGGAGGAGCUAACCCCAAAAACCCGUCCUCAGUUCGGAUUGCAGGCUGCAACUCGCCUGCAUGAAGUCGGAAUCGCUAAUAAUCGCCGAUCAGCCAUACGGCAAUGAAUUCGUUCCCGGGCCUUAAAAAUACGUUGAGAGAGAAGGCCAGAGCUUACACUUUGACACAAGCAUAUUCGAACGCGAAGAAAGCAGAGCAGAGGCGACAACCACGGAUCUACGAGAUUUGAUACUCCAAUUGGGCAAAGUGAUCGGAUUAUCAAAGAUGAUAGUCUGUGUUGCAGUUGUCGGACACCAGAACAAUCCACUGUAUAUACAAAGUUUCACGGAAGCUGAUGACGCCCUAAAGCUUCAUCACAUAGUUCACUGCUCUCUUGACGUUGUUGACGAAAGAGUGAAUAAUCCCAAAAAAACUGGUCCUACAUUGAAUGAGACAUUUCUUGGUCUGCUUUACCCAACAGAGAAUUAUAAAGUGUAUGGUUAUUUGACAAACACUAAGGUGAAGUUCAUAUUAGUGACAACAGAUCUCGAUGUCCGUGAUGCAGAUGUAAGAAAUUUUUUCAGGAGAUUUCAUGCUGCAUAUGUUGAUGCUGUUUCAAACCCAUUUCAUGUCCCUGGUAAGAAAAUAACAUCCAGAAUAUUUGCAGAGAGCGUGAGCAAUAUUGUCAAAUCAUUUGGUUUGACAUCUGCUUGAUUAACAACACAAAGGAUCCUUUGUGACAACUAUGCAAUUUCCGUUUGGUUUUGUGUUGGUGUUCCAAUGUGUAUCAGAGUUUGGCACCCUGGAGGGUUUAUGCAUCUUUCAGAUCCUACUUCGUCUUUGACAUUUAUCUAUAGGCCCCGCCACCUCCACCCCACCCCCAAAUGCUCAAUUUCAGUGUAUGUUCAUUUCAAGCAUGUUUGUGUAGAUUUCUUUAGAAUUUCUACUAUGUGAAGUUGUGGAUUAUAUGGAUAAAAGAUGCUCAGAGGGAUUUCCAAAUAGCAUGCUUUACUUUGUUUCUCAUUGCCACUAUGUUUGGAUCAAGGAAUUAGGAAGGAAAAGAAAAGAAAAAGAAUUCUUUCCU